AUGGGUCAAUCACAAUCAGCUAAAUUCGACAAAAUGUUUACAUUAAUAUGUACGAAUAAUGCCACGGAAUUAGAACGACAGAUACGUUCAUGCUCAUCAGCAGAACAAAAAGCUAAUUUAUCAAAUUUAAGUGACACCAAUCAAGGAGUAACAUUACUGAUGUAUGCUGCAUUUUAUGGAAAUAAAAAUGUAUGUCAUCUAUUAAUUGAAGCAGGUGCAGAGGUAUUUUCUCAGGACCAUGAAGGACGAAAUGUUCUUUACUAUGCAAUUACUAGUCAAUCAUUUCAUGUUGUAAAGUAUUUACUUGAAAAUGUUAUUACUGAAGUCGAUAGUGAUGCUCGACAGAAUUUUAUCAACAACAGAGAUUCUAUGGGAGAAACGUGUCUACAUGAAGCCGUUAAAAUUCAUGCUGUAUCGUGUAUAGAUUUAGUUCUUAAAGCUGAUAUCGAUGUAAAUAUUGUUAAUAACGAUGGUAUUACUGCUCUUCAUCGUGCUGUUGAUCUUGGCCAUCAAGACAUUGUUCGUCUUUUAUUAAAAUAUAAAGUCGAGUUGAAUACAAAAGACGCAUCGGGUUGGACUCCGUUGCAUGUUGCAUCAGCACAUAAUGACCUUGAACUAGUUCGUUUACUCGUUAACCGUGGUGCUAAUCUUAAUGCAACCGACUCUCAAGGGCAUUCCCCACUGAAAUGGGCACGCGAAAGCGGUUCACGUGAUGUUUUUACAUAUCUCAAAGCUCAAGGUGCAAAAGAAUUCGAUUCGUCUCAACCCCAACCACCACAACGUUCAAGUAAAAAAAAGAAUAAUGUACCGUCGACUCAAGAUAUCGCAAAUAACUAA